CUUGAAUGACUAGUGCAGGUCAUCGCUGUUGUCGUUACUAUAAGCAGUUGCUUGCAUGCAUGAACCGAGGAAACGCUAAAACAGAAUAGCUGGUCUCUUUUACCUACCCAGGCCAUUGAUGCGUUCAGGAAAUUAUAACCACAUACAUUCACUGGCCAGUCGCGGAAUAGUCAUGGGAUCACAGGAUAUUCAGUCAUGAUUAGAACCAUAUAAAUCCAUCCAACCUGUUGCGAAAUAGCCAUGACAUCACGCAGUGUCCGGAAUGCAAAAUGGAAUUGCCAUCAAAUCGGGCUCAGCUGGUUACCAUAUAAUAAUGGUGUAUAAAAGGACGAUUUCUUCCGGUCAUUGUUUCGUCGACAACACCCGAUUAAAAAUACCCAAGGCAGCAUCAAUCGUUGUUUGGAUAUCAUUUUACUAGCCCCACAGUAUCGUUUUACUACCCCCAGUGUUAUCUAUGCAUCAGACUAUGAAGCCCGACUUCGACGCGAUUGUAAUUGGUGGGGGCUUUGGAGGAACCCGGAUGUUAUAUCUCCUGAGAGAGAACGGAUUCAAAGUGCGCGGAAUCGAGCGCCACCAGGGGUUGGGUGGAGUCUGGCACGCCAACCGCUACCCGGGCGCGCGUUGUGACAGUCCGCAGCCCUUCUAUCAAAUCCACGACGAGACGUUGGUGGGCGGUUGGACAUUCUCGGAGAGAUUUCCAGACCAUCACGAGAUGCGAGAGUACUUCCGAUACGUCGACUCCAAGUGGAACGUGAGCAAGGACUUUGACUUCGGCGUAGCCGUCGUUCAAGCCUCGUUCGAGCGGGACCUUGUCUGGACCAUCUGUCUUUCUGAUGGGAGACGCAUGACCACGCGAUGGUUCAUUCCGGCGGUUGGGGUCGCGUCCAGGCCAUCCUUGCCAGAGAUCAAAGGCAUCGACCAGUUCCAAGGCGAGCUGCAUCACACCGGAGACUGGCCACUCUCGGAGGUUCCCCUCCAGGGCAAGCGAGUUGCCGUGAUUGGCACCGGCGCGUCCGGGGCGCAGGUCGUCGCUAGAAUUGCGCCCGAGGUGGAAUCCCUGACGGUAUAUCAAAGAACACCUGUGGUGGUGAUUCCAGCGUCCCCGGAGUCCAGCCAGGAUUCAAACCCGCAUGCUGUCCCUCUGACACCGGACGAGACUCGCGCCGCGUUCCAGCGUUCAGCGACGUCAUUCUCCGGCGUGGACUAUUCCUUUCAAGAUCCCGAGUCGGUAGCCAUCGGAUCGCCCCUGCGAGACAUCUUCAACAUGCGCCUCUACAGGGAAGGAAGUCUCGGGCUCGUGUGGGGCAAUUUCUCAGAUAUAUUCACAAACAGGGAGGCGAACAAACAGCUGUAUGUCUUCUGGGCGACGCAGACGCGUGCGAAGAUACGAGAUCCCGUCAAAAAGGAGAUUCUCGCGCCUUCCAAACAGCCGUACCCCAUUGGGAUCAAGCGUGCCUGUUUCGUGGACAACUAUUACGAGUCAUUCAACCGGCCCAACGUGGAUGUGGUGGACAUCAGAGAGGCCCCAUUGACAGCGAUCACGAAGACGGGCAUACAGCGUGGCCCAAGCCACCGCGAAUUCGAUGUCAUCAUAUGCGCGACGGGAUUCGAGUCCCAGACGAGUGGAAUAACCAGGUUGAAUAUCACCGGUCGACACGGGGUGCCGUUGGCCGAGGCUUGGAAAACCCGCGUCACCUCCUACCUGGGGAUGACGGUGCCUGGGUUUCCUAACAUGUUCUACCUGUUCGGGCCGCAGGGCCCAACCGUUAAAGUCAAUGUCCCCACGACCGUCGAAUGCCAGGCCCAAUGGAUCCUGUCUUUCUUGAAAGUGCUCCGAGCAUCUGGUGUGAACUGCUGUGAACCGACACGUUCUGCAGCCCACGAGUGGCAGGAGGAGCUGAAGCGACACUGGGAAGACUCAUUGUACUUGGGUACGGCGCUGUGGGAGGCUCGCAAUUCUUCCGACCAGCCUGAGCCGCUUUGGAUCCAAGGAAUUCAGAAGUACCGCCAAUUUCUGCAGAAGACCCAAGCGCGCAACUUCCGCGGGUUUGUCGAGUUGCGGCAGAGGGACUCUUCCGUGCUUUAA